AUGAACAAGGGCGUAGUGCGGUUUCACGACGUGCAUGAGGUGCCGUACGGAGUAUUUAGUCCGCUGUCACCGCAUCCGAUAGUUAUUCGACACAAACAAUACCCAUCGGUCCACCACUACUUUCUUACUGAACGAUUCCGCGACGCACCAGUUACAGCGGCGUUGCGGUCGGCAACGUCUGUCUGGGAGUUGGACCGUCUUGUGAAGGAAGCAGAACGGACGGGCAGUCAGCGUGAGGACUGGAACAGAGUGAAGGUUGACGUCAUGCUGCUUGGUAACUACAUGAAAUUCAAGCAGAAUGAGGCUGUGCGAAGCCUUCUUUUGGAGACAGGCGAUAAACUUAUAAUUGACCACACGACAUCCGAUGACUUUUGGGGUGACCGUGGUGAUGGGAGCGGAAAAAACCUGCUUGGCGUUAUUCUCAUGGCCGUACGAGAUCGUUUGCGCCGCGAAACGGCCACCAAAGCGCGGGAAAAGUGA